ACAAAUAUGAAACAAAAUCUGUACUCAAGCAAUGAUAAAGAUAAUGAUGUUUAUGGAGAUUCCAAGUCCGAUGAAACAUACAACACAAUUAACUCAGAAAAUGGGGUAAAAAAUCAAGUUGAAAUGAUUUACUCAGAAGAUGGAAACAAAACAGUUAUUUAUACAACUGGUGGAACAGUAUCCGAUUCAAAAGCGGUUGAAGUAUAUCAGACAAAUGGAGCUGAAUUAGGAGUCAUUGGGGAAAAUCAAGUUAUUUUGCAAGGUGGACUACAAUAUGCAGCGCAAUCAGGACCAAAUGGAACGACUGUAUAUGUGUUAUCAGAAAUGCAUGAUUCGGAAAAUCCAAAUGGAAGCUCAAGUGCUAACUCAGCAAAUGCAACGGCGAGUAGCGCAAAGCUCAAUGGACAACAUACCACGCCUUUAGAUGUGACGGGCCUAUCACAAAGUGAAAUUCAAGGUUUACUACUUAGCUCACACCCAUCGGCUGCAGCGGCUGUGGCGGCUAGCGUUAAACGUGAGCCUGAAGAUUUGCGAAAGGAGCCAAAAACUACUCGAAGUCAAAAGGUACUAGUUGUACAAUCACCUACCACAUCAGUACAUAUUAAAGAGCCCCCACCUAGUCCUGGAAGCCCUUCGACAAAUACAAUGUAUGCUACCAGUGGUAGCACUCAAAUUUAUAUUCAGGGUCCUCACCAUUCAACGUCUGUAACAUCAGCUAGUUCAAACAUAAAUGCAAAUACUCCAAGUCCAGGACCUUACGUGUCUACUGAUCAAUACGGAAUGUAUACAACAAGACUGACGCCUGGCAACUCACAAUUUGUAUCUGAACCAACAUACUAUCGAGAGUAUUUCGAUUCGGCACAAGGGUACGCACCUGUAAGGACUAUCUAUGGUGAAACAAAUGAUUCAACAACUCAACCCACCACGACAUACGAAAGCCGAUUUACACAUAAAAGUGGUGCCAUAUAUACUAAAACUAUAACUCAAACUGGGCUAACGGUAGAUUUGCCGAGCCCAGACUCUGGAAUUGGUGCAGACGCUAUAACUCCAAGAGAUCAAGCUAAUUUACAACAGUCGUUUGAUUAUACGGAACUAUGCCAACCGACAGGAAUUUUAGACACAAGUGGAGGACAGAUACCUGUUUCAGUUGCUGGUAUACCAAGAGGCACAUCAACUGUUGUACACCAAGGUCAAAAUAGUCCAACUACAUCUAUUGGCAGUAACUCACAUACAACCAGAUCAAGGCCAUGGCACGAUUUCGGUCGACAAAACGAUGCAGAUAAAAUUCAAAUACCAAAAAUAUUUUCCAAUGUAGGAUUUAAGUAUCAUCUUGAAUCUCCUAUCAGCUCUUCUCAAAGGAGAGAAGAUGACCGUAUCACAUAUAUAAACAAAGGACAAUUUUAUGGAAUUACAUUGGAAUAUAUUCCUGAUCCCGAAAAGCCGCUUAAAAAUCAAACAGUUAAGAGUGUAAUAAUGUUAAUGUUCAGAGAAGAGAAAAGCCCGGAGGAUGAAAUAAAAGCUUGGCAGUUUUGGCAUAGCAGACAGCACUCGGUGAAACAAAGAAUUCUAGAUGCAGACACUAAAAACUCAGUUGGUUUGAUUGGCUGUAUAGAAGAAGUCUCUCAUAACGCAAUUGCAAUUUAUUGGAAUCCUUUAGAAAGUCCUGCCAAGAUUAAUAUAGCUGUUCAAUGUUUAAGCACAGAUUUUAGCAGUCAAAAGGGUGUUAAGGGACUUCCAUUACAUGUUCAAAUUGAUACAUUCGAGGAUCCACGAGACUCUCAUGUCUUCCAUAGAGGCUAUUGCCAAAUAAAGGUCUUUUGUGAUAAGGGCGCAGAAAGAAAAACUCGAGAUGAAGAACGACGAGCUGCUAAACGAAAAAUGACAGCGACAGGAAGAAAAAAAUUAGAUGAAUUGUAUCAUCCAGUAAUUGAUCGUUCAGAGUUUUAUGCAAUGAGUGAUUUGCAGAAACCUCCUGUUUUAUUUUCACCAGCAGAAGAUAUCGAAAAGCUUGGAAUGGACUUACAAAACUUUUAUGGUCAUGAUUCAGAUUCUUUGUCGACCGAUGUUAAAGCCACUCCGUUUAUAAUGCAUUCCAAUGCUAAAGCAGCUACUCCGACACUGAAAUUUCAUAAUCAUUUUCCGCCAGACAUCACUAGUGACAAAAAAGAACACAGCAUAGAUCCAAUUAAUGAUUUUGGCGUUCCAAUGAAACGUCCUCGUAUGACGCCACCGCUUAAUGAGAGGGUGAUGUUGUACGUUCGUCAAGAUAAUGAUGAUGUUUAUACUCCGUUACAUGUUGUCCCACCAACACAAAUGGGAUUAUUGAAUGCGAUUGAAAAUAAGUUCAAAAUAUCAACAUCGAGUAUAAAUAACAUAUUCAGAAAAAAUAAAAAAGGGAUUACGGCCAAAAUUGACGAUGACAUGAUAUCAUACUAUUGUAAUGAAGAUUUAUUUUUAUUGGAAGUUCGACAAGCUGAUGAUGAUUUGUACGACAUUACUUUAACAGAGCUUCCUAAUCAUUGAUUUUUUACAAUUAACAUAAAGUUAAUACUCGUACUAUAAUAAAAAAUAUAUAUAUAUAUAGCGUCUUCAAUUUCCAAAUGAAAGAGUUACACCCACCCUUUUCCACGAAUUGUAAUGAUUUUUACAAAUAAUUUACGAGCAAUUA